UCUGGUUGAAUUGGUCGCCAUUGGCAUAAAAUGAAGUCAAUAUAUACCGGAGAGGAUAAGGGCAAGGAGACAAUAAAUAUACUUUUUAGCUUCUACUUUUUUGGCAACAGACAAAAGUCAAACUGACUCAGGAGAAAGACCCAUUAAUCUCCACUAAUGAAGAAAACUCUGCAUCCAAGCAUGAUCCAACAAGAUUCCAGUUCUCUUCCUGAUCAACAUAAAACUCAAACAACUAAGAACUACUUCAAAGUUGCAUCAAGGAAACUAGCUGGGGUUUUCACAGCAUUACUGUUUAGGAAAAGAAAGAAGGCUACUACUGAUACCAACAAGAUGAACAGUAACACCCAAGUCAGAAGAAUUUCCUUUUCUACUUCAACAGAUCGUUCCACAGGAAGCGAUGUAAGGAGCUCAGCCGGGUUCAAGUCCUUUGGUUCAUAUGGUUCUUCCAGUUCUGCUAGUGGACAUAUCCCAACACCCGGUUUCUCCUUUGAAGAUAUCUGUAAGGCAACUGGAAACUUUUCUCCAGAAAAUAAAAUUGGGGAUGGUGGGUUUGGAACAGUUUAUAAAGGAAGGCUUAAGGAUGGAUCCCUUGUUGCUGUAAAGCGUGCUAAAAAGGACAAGUUUGACCAAGGCUUACCACUGCAGUUCAAGAAUGAAAUUCUUACGUUAUCGAAGAUCGAACAUCUGAGUUUGGUAAGGUUAAUUGGGUUUCUGGAGCACAAAGAUGAGCAAAUUAUCGUGGUUGAAUAUGUUGCAAAUGGAAAUCUUCGAGAACAUCUUGAUGGUGUAAAGGGGAACGGGCUUGAAAUCGCUGAACGUCUGGACAUUGCAAUAGAUGUCGCCCAUGCGGUUACCUAUCUUCAUACAUAUACGGAUCCUCCUAUAAUCCAUAGAGACAUAAAAGCAUCGAAUAUCCUUAUCACGGAGAAACUCCGGGCGAAAGUGGCAGACUUUGGAUUCGCACGACUUGCAGCAGGGGACCCCUCUGCGACCCAUAUCUCAACUCAAGUCAAAGGAACUGCAGGUUAUGUGGAUCCUGAAUACACCAGAACAUAUUCGCUCACUGAAAAAAGUGAUGUAUACUCCUUUGGUGUAUUGCUUGUGGAGUUGAUGACCGGAAGAUGUCCAAUUGAAUCAAAGAGACCGGUCAAGGAACGAGUAACCAUACGAUGGGCAAUGAAGAGAUUAAAGGAAGGGGAGUUUGUAAUUGCCAUGGACCCAAAGCUAAGGAGAAGUCCAGCAUCAAACAUGGUGGUUGAGGAAGUCCUGAGACUGGCUCACCAAUGCUUAGCACCAAUCCGAAAAUCCAGACCAUCCAUGAAGCAAUGUGUUGAGGUUUUGUGGCGAAUACGUAAAGAUUUCAAAGAAAAAGUGUCUUCUUCUACUGCUCCUUGUACCUCUCACUGCUCUGCAAAUUUUCCUAAUAGAAAUCCCAAGUCUGACAGACAUUUGUUUGGAAUACAGGAGGGUGACAGCUAUGGAUUUAUUUCUGCAUAAAAUAGUGAUCAGUGAGUGAUUUUCUUUAUUAUCUUUUUGAAUGGUUUGUCAAUUAUUUCCCAUUCUUUUCCCUCUGUGAACUUUAUCAAGUUCUCAAUCUCAAAUGACAUAUGAAGCAACCAAUGUAAACAAAAGAUCACUUAAAAGAGCAAGUGAAUCAUUUUAUGUUCUUA